CAGAACAAAACCUUAAUCUAUCCAAAAAGACAAAAACAAACCUUUGCCACUUUUGCUUCCUCGUCUUCUCCAACGUUUCAGCCACCACGUUCAUCAUUAUGUUGUUUCCAUUCACUUUAUAAAAACCAAUUUCAAUUGCUUUUUUUUUCUUCUCCAUUCACAACAUGAGGAAGAAACUAGAUACUCGUUUUCCUGCUGGGGAUAAGCAGCGGGAAUUUUGACUAUAUGUACUUCUAAUGGAGUAGGAGAGACCAGGGUAUCAAAUUGCGGUCCGCAUCAUGUGAUGCAGCCGCAGUAUUGCACUGUGAUUCAGGUUCACCUGUUUCAGCCGCAAUAAAUCCGUUUUCCCCCCUCAACAUUGCCGUUUUUGCCCUACAGCGGAAGGAAGCGACCGCCGUUGCCGCUCCACAGGCUCCGCUAACGGCUAGGAUUAAAAAAAUUAUGCAAACUGAUGAGGAUAUUGGGAAGAUUGCACUGGCAGUGCCUCUUCUAGUUUCUAAAGCGCUAGAGCUAUUUCUGCAAGAUUUGUGCGAUCGAACAUAUGACAUAACACUAAGGAGGGGAGCCAAGACCAUGAGUGCUUUUCAUUUAAAACAGUGUGUGCAGAAUUGUAAUGUCUUUGAUUUUCUGAAAGAUACUGUCAGCAAGGUUCCUGAUUUAGGUGGUUCUGUUGCAACUGGUGAUGAUCGUGCUGUCACAAAGAGGAGGAAAGUUGCUGAAGGUGAUGAUUAUGACAGUGAUGAGGAGUCCAAGAGAAAUAAGAUGCCAGAGCCUGGACAUACAAGUGGGAGAGGAAGGGGUAGGGGCAGAGGAAGGGGUCGUGGAAGAAGAACAAUAGUAGAUCAAGAGAUGACUUCACAUGCCAACUUGGAAGAUGAUUCUGAUAUGUUGGAGCAAAAUGACAAGCAUACUCAAAGCAAUGAAAGCCCAGAAAAUAUGUCAAAACCUGAAGAAGCUGCACCGAGUUCUCCAGUUAGCAAACCGGCUAAAGUGGUCAUUCGAAAUUUUGACUUAAAUAUGAACCCAGAUGAGGACAUGGAUUUGUUAUCAACACCAACUUUGGUGCCGACUAGUUUAUCUCCAAAAUCAAUCUCAGAAGAGAAGCAAGAAGAAUACCCUGGAUGGUCCUUGUCUGAUGUGGAAAAAAUGGCCAUCGAUCCCAUACAACUGGCUAACUUGAAUACAAGGAUUGAUGAUGAUGUGGAAGAUUAUGAUGAAGUCUAGAUAAACCUGUGUCAGUUCAACUAUGACUUCUGUAGAAGUUCUGAUGGAGAAUUAGAAUAUAGGUUUUUUUACUAGUGUUAGACAGAUCCAUAGUGCAUGGUUAGGAAGUUUAGGAGGCAUUGAAUGCUCUCCUUAUAGUUUAGACUAAAAAUGCAGAUAUUGUUCCAUUUAAAAAUAGCCGUGGCAUAGUAAAUUUAGAAAUUCUAAUCUAA